CAAAUUAGAAUACUUCAUAAGACCAAUAAAAAAAACAUUUUUAGUGAAUUGUUGGCCUUCUGGAAAGUAUGUUAAUUUACUGUAUAUGUACUCAAUACUUGGUAGGUGCUCAUUUUGCUUUAAUUACUGCCUCAAUUCAGUGUGGCAUGGAGGUGAUCAGUUUGUGGCACUGCUGAGGUGGAAUGGAAGCCCAGGUUUCUUUGACAAAGAUUCUCUCUGGGGUUCAGGUCUGGUGAGUUUGCUGGCCAGUCAAGCACACGAACACCAUGGUCAUUUAACCAACUUUUGGUGCUUUUGGCAGUGUGGGCAGGUGCCAAAUCUUGCUGGAAAAUGAAAUCAGCAUCAUCAGCAGAAGGAAGCAUGAAGUGCUCCAAAAUUUCUUGGUAAAUGGGUGCAGUGACUUUGGUUUUCAAAAAACACAAUGGACCAACACCAGCAGAUGACAUUGCACCCCAAAUCAUCACAGACUGUGGAAACUUAACACUGGAGUUCAAGCAACUUGGGAUAUGAGCUUCUCCACCCUUCCUCCAGACUCUAGGACCUUGGUUUCCAAAUGAAAUACAAAACUUUCUCUCAUCUGAAAAGAGGACUUUGGACCACUGGGCAACAGUCCAGUUCUUCUUCUCCUUAGCCCAGGUAAGACGCCUCUGACGUUGUCUGUGGCUCAGGAGUGGCUUAACAAGAGGAAUACAACUGUAGCCAAAUUCCUUGACACGUCUGUGUGUGGUGAUGCCUUGAUGCCUUGACCCCAGCCUCAGUCCAUUCCUUGUGAAGUUCACCCAAAUUCUUGAAUCGAUUUUGCUUGACAAUCCUCAUAAGGCUGCGGUUCUCUUGGUUGGUUGUGCAUCUUUUUCUUCCACACUUUUUCCUUCCACUCAACUUUCUGUUAACAUGCUUGGAUACAGCACUCUGUGAACAGCCAGCUUCUUUGGCAAUGAAUGUUUGUGGCUUACCCUCCUUGUGAAGGGUGUCAAUGAUUGUCUUCUGGACAACUGUCAGAUCAGCAGUCUUCCCCAUGAUUGUGUAGCCUAGUGAACCAAACUGAGAGACCAUUUUGAAGGCUCAGGAAACCUUUGCAGGUGUUUUGAGUUGAUUAGCUGAUUGGCAUGCCACCAUAUUCUAAUUUGUUGAGAUAGUGAAUUGGUGUGUUUUUGUUAAAUGUGAGCCAAAAUCAUCACAAUUAAAAGAACCAAAGACUUAAACUACUUCAGUUUGUGUGCAUUGAAUUUAUUUAAUACACGAGUUUCACAAUUUGAGUUGAAUUACUGAAAUAAAUGAACUUUCCCACGACAUUCUAAUUUAUUGAGAUGCACCUGUAUAUUUAACCUUUCCUUAACUUUAAAUCUGGUGUUUUUGUUAUGUGAUGGCAUCAUUAUGUCAUGUGAUACUGUCACAUGAUAUUAAUUAGCUACACCUUAUAAGACCUUAUAAUGAAAGCUGCUUAGUUGUUAUGUAGUGGUUUUCAUUUUUUAAAGUUAAAAGCCAUGGUUUCAUAGACUUCUUACAUUUUAAAUCCUACUUUCAAUGCCUUGGACUAUGAUUUUUGCAUUGAGCUGAAUAUCCCAGAUCCCAGGGGCUGCCAUGGAUCGUGUUAGCCCACUUUGGCGGAUGAGGCGCCGGGCCCGUCGAGGGGCCCUGUGCAUGGCGCUGUUCUGUAUGACUAUGGCUCUCCUUUACACCCUUUGUGCUGAAAACAGCAUACCUGUCACAGAUGCCAUUUUCGGGGUGAAGGCGAGAACUCGAGCUCAGCCAAGAGCUCACACAAUUGUUAAGGUAUUGCGGGGAACAGGAGGGUCGAAACCCAUGUAUACUGACCCUCAAAAGCUCCCUGGUGUUAUUCCUGGAGAUCCUCAAAAGCCUAUUCCCAUCCUGUCUUCUUCUAACUACUCAAUGGAGAGUGGUACUAAGGACCGCAACCUCAGGGGCAAACGAAGAGAGCAUGGGCUAUUUUACUGGCUUCUAGCGCAUCCGCUGAGACGUGCUUUAGAGACUAUUUUUGGAGGCCGUCGGAGAGGAGAUAUGGGUGGCGCAAGUGGGGAUGCUGUCGUUUUUGGGCCUAAUGGAGCACUUGGAGAGGUCUGGAAUGAAGAGAUGUCAAGUAGCAUGCUGGGAAAAAGGCUGAGGAAGGUGGUGCAGAACUACCAGGCAAUGAAUAAAUAUGGAGUUCAUUACCCUGGACCUGAGAGUGCAGCACAUCGUUCUAAACUCAGUGGCCCUGAACUUCUUUGUCAAAUCAAGAAGAUGGUUCAAAUUGCAACUUUAACACCAGAUAUGGAGCCAUUUUCUGGGUUUCCUUGGGCCUCUCAGUUACCUCCGCGCCAAAUAACUACUGAUAUCGGCCCGUUCAAGACCUGCGCAGUGGUAUCGUCUGCAGGUUCUCUGAAAAAUUCUGGAUUAGGAAAAGAAAUAGAUGCACAUGAUGCAGUGAUACGGUUCAAUGCUGCACCAACAACAGGCUUUGAGAAAGAUGUGGGCUCUAAAACAACAGUGCGUCUGAUCAAUUCCCAGGUAAUGGCAUCUGAAGAUCACCAUUUCCUCUCCAGUUCUUUGUACAGUGCUGGGAUUUUAGUGAGCUGGGAUCCAGGCCCUUAUUCCUCUGAUCUACGGGAGUGGUUCAACAAGACAGAUUACCCUAUAUUUAAACAGUAUCAGCGAUAUCGACGCUUACACCCUCAACAGCCAUUUUAUAUUCUGCACCCACGAAUGGAAUGGCAGCUGUGGCAGCGAAUACAAGACAAUAUGGUGGAGACGAUACAAAAAAACCCACCCUCUUCAGGCUUGUUGGGCACAGUUUUAAUGAUGUCCCUGUGCGACGUGGUACAUGUGUACGAGUUCCUGCCUUCGCGACGGAAAACUGAGCUGUGCCACUACUACCAGCGCUUCAGUGAUGCAGCCUGCACCCUAGGUGCCUACCACCCUUUACUCUACGAGAAGAACCUGGUAAAGAGGAUGAACAAGGGGUCUGACCAUGACAUUUACACUCAUGGCAAGGUCACUCUCCCUGGGUUCAUGACCUUUAACUGCACCAACAGUUCCAUUUCCAACACUCUGUCAAAGACAUAAUCUGAGGGUAAACUGAUUUUCUUGGUACACUUUCAGAAUGUAACAGUAAAGCGCAUUAUUUAGUCUACAACUGUAACAAAUACAGUCUGGUCUCUAAGUGAGAUCAAGAGUUGGUUCACUGGUGGAAAAUAAAAACCUAACACACUAACGAUUGCUUACUGAAGGGAACUAAAUUCACAGACACAAAAUGCUUAAUAUAGUGGCAGGUUCUGUAUAUGUGUAAACUACUGUCCAUCGUUAUCAGGACAAAUAAAAACGUAUCCCAUAGUGGUAAAUUCCCACUAGCAGAAAAAGAUCUCAAUACCACUUAUCUGCCUCUCGUGUGAGAUGCAGCCACUGAAAAUGACUUUCAAACACUGCCUGACACAUUACAGCACUGAUGUCAAAAGAACUGGCAUUUACAAUCUAACAAACAUACAGAUUAUUAGACAAGAACGUAGCCAAGAUUCUGUCCAUAAAUGUGUAGCGUGCAAAGCUGUAUGUCCAAAGCCGGCCUGCUGCUCCAUAAUGUGCAGGUUUUCAAUUUAUGCAACGCAAUCCUAACACAUCAUUCAUGCAAUAUUGUUAAUGAUUUGCCAGCAGACACAUGCCAUUAGCAAAAUAAUGCUUUAAAUGUAUGUAUUUUAUGAAAGCUGUAUUUCAAGGCCUGGAGAUCUGUAUGCAUUCAGUAUUUACACUGUGACGCCUUUCCUCUCAUAGCACUCUGUAACCAGUUGUAGGGCCGUGGAGAAUGUCCUUGCAUGCUUUACUGAAAUUGCACUAUAUCAUACCUUUGGUAAACCUGUAUUUAGUUGUAUUUAUGAACUUGGUGAGAAGGAAAAUGAAGAAUGUGCAUGUUUGUUCUGUUUUAUACAGAUUCGAAUUCAGUUUAGGCUCUAAAAACAUGAAAGCUGAUAUCCUUAUGCAUUUUGAAGGGAAAGGGUGUUUAUUUUUCGUAGUAUUAUUUUUUUUCAGUGUGUUGAUCCUGGGUGUGUCGUCGUAUCCCACAUCCAUUAUAUUUACUCAAACACACAGAUUACAGUAUGUAAAUAUCAAAACACAAUUACUAAUACUGACUGCACCUAACAAUUAUGUUCAUACAAAUCCUGAAUGAUGCGAGACAGGGUUUUAAUAUUCAUGUAUUAAUUCGUCUAAAAGUUAACAUGAAAUUGCAAAUGACCCCAUUUGCUUUCAAAAUCAUACCUUUGUAUAUUUCUAAAACAACUUUUUGGUCAACGCAAAUGGUUUUAUGUUGACUUUACAGUAUUGUGACGCUUAAAUGUGACCCUGGACCACAAAACCACUCAUAAGUGUCAAUUUUUCGAAAUUCAGAUUUGGAGAAUAUAUGGCCGAGAUACAACUAUUUGAAUAUCUGGAAUCUAAGGGUGCAAAAAAAAAUAAAUCUAAAUACUGAGAAAAUUGCCUUUAAAGUUGACCAAAUGAAGUUCUUAGCUAUGCAUAUUACUAAUCAAAAAUGAAGUUUUAAUAUAUUUACGGUAGGAAAUUUACAAAAUAUCUUCAUGGAACAUGAUCUUUACUUAAUAUCCUAAUGAUUUUUGGCAUAAUAGAAAAAUGGAUAAUUUUGACCCCUUACAAUGUAUUUUUGGCUAUUGCUACAAAUAUACCCCAGCGACUUAAGACUGGUUUUGUGGUCCAGGGUCACAAAUGUGAAUUGAACUGAGUAAAACACAUUAUUUUUCAUUUCAACAUUUUAAACCUUAUGUUCUCUUUCAUGUAAAGGAAUCUUUAUAUGUAAUUUGUAGCAUACAGCAGAUUAAUGUUAUGAAUAUAUUUAAAAAAUAAACAAAAGAGUUAGCAUAGAAUGUA